UGUCAAUUAUAAAUAAAUUCUAUUCCACAUCAAUUUAUUGACAUCUUAUCUUGUAUCUUAUUUAAAUUUAAAGUUAUCAAUAGUUUUAGUGUGUUAAUUAAAAAAAAUAUUCUAUUACAGUGUCAUCUACAGAACUUCCUACAAGUAGUAAGUGGUCCAUGACUUUGGCGGAAAGAAAAAAUGCAGCUCUCCUCUUAGAAUACACUACCGUCACACCGUUUACGUACCUUAUAUACCCAAGUUCAUUUAAAUGUCUUUUCUGCGAAAAAAAGUACUCGGAACUGCAAACAUUAUUAGACCAUUCCAGAAAACAUGAAGUGCCGGAACAUGAUAUGAUUUUGAAGCACAUUUUAAAGAAAGGCAAAAAGAAAAUUAAGGUUGACAUCUCGAUUUUAGAAUGUAGGUUAUGCCACGAAUCUUUUACAAGUUUGGAAUGUGUUCAGUCACAUUUAGUGGAUGUUCACGAUAAGAUAUUCACAAUGGCAGGCAAUGGCAUGGUUGCAUUUAACCUAGAAACUAUGAAUGAACGCUUCACUUGCCACAUUUGCUCGAGCACUUUUCAGAGUUUCUUCCUACUGAAUACCCAUAUCAGUGUUCAUUACAGCAAUGCAGUAUGCGACACUUGUGGCAAAGGAUUCCUAUCUUACCCUCGAUUGGUGACACAUAUUGAGAGCCAUAAGAACGGAACGUAUCCAUGUAAGAAAUGCAAAAUGACCUUCCCAAGCAUCUCAAAAUUAAAAUAUCACACAGCCAAAAUCCACGGAACGUUGGGGAAGACAAAAUUGUCCAAAUGCCACAAAUGUUUGGUAAGAUUCGAACACCAUUACGAGAAGGUGAAGCACUUGAAAGAAGUCCACGGUAUAUCCUUCACUUACACUUGUGAUACUUGCAAUUCGAUCUUCAAAACCCGCUAUGCCCUAAGCAUGCACGUGAUAAAAUACCACACGCAGAAUAUUAUCUGUGAGAUAUGCAAGAAAACAUUUUCGGAGCGUUGUCACUUGAGGAAGCACAUGCCGUUACAUACUCAAGAAAGGAACUACGUGUGCCCAGCGUGCAAAAAGUGCUACAGAUACGAAAGGACGUUAAAACAUCACUUGAAAAGUAAACAUAGCCCGGAUUUUAGGUUUACAUGUGCGAUAUGUUGGACUGGAUUUACGAAUAGGAUUGACUAUAAGAUACAUAGGGCAACCCACACGUAGCUUUUUAUUUAUAUAAAAUAAUCAUAGCUUGGUAAUCCUUUAUAAAGUAAAGAUGACCUUGAUAACAUAAUCAGUAGUUUGAGAUGUGCUUAUGCUGUAAAACUACGAACUAAGAUACAAUAUAUGCCGUUGCUGUAAGAAAAGGACAGGAACUAAGUAACUGUCCUAUUCUAUCGCACAAGAAAAAUCAUCAAAGUUUUCCUAUUUCGUCUCAUAUGAGAUAUUUAUGUUGAUUCAUUUAUGAUAUUGAUCUGCUUUACAAAUUCUUUUUUUAAAUGUAGUUAUAACUGUGAUUCUUGAUUAAAUAGGAUUUAAGUAGUUGUGUUUUUUAAAUAUCCUGUUAGGUUGGUCGAAAAAUUGUUACAAAAAUACAAUAAAUUGGUUAA